UUUCCAGAUUCAGUAUUACCUGUUUAAUUACCUGCGAAGAGAUUUCCUAGCAUUUCUCUAUGGGAGAUCUAACCGUUCUUUCGGAAAGGAGAAAUCACGUGGAUACCUAAGGUCAAGGAUUAUCACUGCUAGGCUGGAAGAUCUGUAAGUUCUAACUCAAAUCUGUUAUUAUUAUCAUAUUCGUUGUUUUGUCAUAAUCAGGGAAGAUCUGUUUGGGAAAAUUUUAAACUUCUGCUGCUGUAAUUUUGAGGUACGUUACAUCAAUUUCUUAACAUAUACGUCGCUAGAACUCUAUCAAGCAAACGCGGAUUACGGGGAUCUUAUUAAGCUCACAGAAGAGAUGUUGAGCGGUAUGCUUCCUCAAACCAAUUUAGGAUGUGUGUAUUUAUUAAUGUCCUUACAGCCAUACCAGUACGGGGGGAUUAUCCAAUGCCAUACCGGUACCGGUUUCAGAGACAUAGAUUUUGAGCCUCCUUUCAGGAGGCUUGAAAUGAUCGAAGCUCUUGAGGAUGGGGCCAAAUUGAGCCUCCCUAAAGAUCUGGGAUCUGAAGAAACAAGAAAUUAUUUGAUUGAGGUUUAUCCGGCCAAUUCCAUCAACAAUCUCAAGAAAGUAGUUGGCGUCGGAUAUGCCAGCACACAUGAUCUUACAAGCUGUCGCACUCAUCGCGGCUAUGUUAUCUUUGCACGUGUGUUGUGAUUUAGACUGGUUUAUCCGGCCAAUUUCCUCCAACACGUUAUACGUGCUUCUCUGAAGAGAUUUGGUUUUGGAGUACUCCGUGGAGGUUGGGUGAUGUUUUUUUUUUUUUUUGACUCUGACUCUGUCAUGCCGUUGUUUUUCUCUUUUUCGUGGGAACUUUGAAGAGUAGGUUGGGUGUUGUUUUUUUCUCGAUCAUUGUAGGCUCAGUUGUGCCCAUUAUAGGAUCAACGAGCUUCAAUGCUUUCGUGAAGGUGGUAAACUCUAAGUCAGGUUCGCGGGUCAGUUAUCGUGAAGUGACUCUUUUUCUAUUUGUUACUCACCACGAUGGAGAAUAAUAUUUAUGAUGCAUUUCUAAGAUUUUAUGCAAACUUCUAACUAUGUUUUAUUAAUGAGAUUUAAAUUUAAAUUUUGAAGUGUUGAUUUUUUAUCUGUAGAAACCAGAAUUUUAAUCUUCUUAAUUACUUAAUUGCACAAAUACAAAGAGUACUACACACACAUAUUAAGUUAUAUAUGUAGUUUUCGUUUGAAGCCUUGUGGGUAAAGCGUUAAUGCUAUAUUUUUAAGGUUUGAGUUGUCAAAGAAGAAGAUUGAAUUUCAUCUAUUAUAUAUGAAAAAAUGACACGUGUAGAGUUUACUCGGACAAAAAUAUAAUCAAUUAUGUUUUUUGGAUAUAAAUAUG